UGUGUGGGGACAGAGCUGGAGGAAAGUGUGUGCGAGGAGUGUAGUGGCUGUGUGGACAUGUCAUAGUCCACUCUGGGACCUUCAUCAAGCUGCUGGACGUGGUCAAGACUUGACAUUAUGCCCAAGAUGAGGACCCAUGUUGGAGUUUUGUUUUUGUUGGCCCAGUGGGUAAUCUUCUCUGAUGCUUGGUUCUGGUCCUGGACUGGUACCACAACUUUGGCCCCAAUAGUGGACCAUGAGGGGUCUGGCAGUCCACCAGGUAGUGGAGAACAGCCAACAGAGGACAGGGUUGGAGCAGAGAUCAUUGAAGAGGGACAUGGGAUUCAAAAGACUGUGCAGACUUUGGAUGAGACUACUGUGGCUCCAGUACUGACCACUCUAACACCCACAACACAACCAGGGAUUGACCGGGCAUCAGAAAAGGACACAACAGGGAUUUCGUCACGCAUAAGUAAACCUGAGGAGAGUGGAGUCUCCCUCCUGCAGCUGAUUGGGGAUCCUCCGCCCAGUGAGAUUACCCAGGUCUAUGGGCCCGACAGUAGCCCCGGAUAUGUCUUUGGCCCUGAUGCCAACACGGGCCAGCUGGCACGUGCCCACCUGCCGAAUCCAUUCUACCGGGACUUCGCCCUCAUCUUCAACCUGAAACCCACCUCGGACAGGGGCGGAGUCAUCUUCUCUGUCACUGAUGCCUCACAGCAGAUCAUGUACGUGGGUGUUAAACUGUCAGAUGUGCAGGGCGGCAACCAGAAUGUCAUCCUGUACUACACAGAACCUGACUCACAGCAGUCAUAUGAAGCAGCCAAAUUCCUUGUGCCCUCCUUGAGGGAUACCUGGACCCGUUUCGCUAUCGCUGUGAGGGAUGACAAGGUGAUGUUCUACCUCAACUGUGACACAGACCCUCAAGUGACGCGCAUUGAGAGGUCCCCGGAUGAGAUGGAGCUGGAGGCCGGUGCUGGGGUCUUCGUCGGGCAAGCUGGAGGGGCUGAUCCUGAGAAGUUCCUGGGGGUGAUCAGUGAGCUUAGGGUGGUGGGAGACCCCCGUGCUGCUGAGAGACACUGUGAAGAGGAAGAGGAUGACUCAGAUAUGGCUUCAGGUGAAGGAAGUGGCUAUGAGGAAACGAGACCUGCUAAACCAGCUGUGGAGAAACAUAGAUGGACGACAACACCUCCAUCUUCUCGACCCAUUCAGCAGCCCCCACUGACCACGAAAGAGGAGGUGUCCAUUACAAGAGAUACAGCAAGCGACUCCCAGCACGUUUCAGUUUCUGUGGAGUCCAGGCCCGGACUUCUUGGGUCACCAGGACCGUCUGGGGCUAAAGGAGAGAAGGGUGACAGAGGGGAGAGAGGAGAGAAAGGAGACAGGGGUCCAAUUGGGCCGAAGGGAGAAUCAGUCUCUGGCUCCAGCUCACGGGGUGGAGCCCGUGGAGAGAAGGGAGAACCAGGGGAAAAGGGAGCAAAGGGCAGUGCAGGUUUUGGCUACCAAGGACAGAAGGGCGACACGGGCCCCCCUGGACCCUCCGGCCCCCCUGGCCCUCCAGGGCCUGCAACUGAAUUUUCAGUUGGCAGUGAUGGCUCAGUUGUUUCGACAGUCCCCGGACCCCGAGGACCACCCGGACCACAAGGUGUCCCAGGCCCCGAAGGACCACCAGGAUCUGAGGGAGAGCCAGGUGAUCCUGGUGAGGAUGGAAAAUCUGGUCCUGAAGGACCUCCAGGCUUCCCAGGAACCCCAGGUGAUCCUGGACCCAAAGGAGAGAAGGGGGACCGUGGAGAGGGUCAGCCUGGCUCCAGGGGACCUCCAGGACCUCCUGGACCUCCCGGACCAGGAUUCAGAUCUACCUUCGUGGACAUGGAAGGCUCAGGGUUCCCUGACUUGGAAUCUCUGCGGGGACUCCCUGGGCCACCAGGUCCCCCUGGGCCCCCCGGACCUCCUGGUCCCUCUACAGCUGGCACAGCAUUGAGUUCUGGGGCAUUUGGACCACCAGGAAAGGAUGGGGCACCCGGUCAACCUGGCUUGUCUGGUUUACCUGGUACUGAUGGAGUCCCAGGAGCUCCUGGUCCCAAGGGAGAAAAGGGUGAUUCAGGCGAGCUGGGUCUUCCAGGAGCAGUUGGAGAGAAGGGAGCUCAAGGAGAACCUGGUUUACCGGGACCUGCAGGAGAACCCGGACUGGCUGGUCUGCCUGGACCCAUGGGACCAGUUGGGCCACCUGGGCCUCCCGGGCCUCCUGGACCAAGUUAUCGUGUUGGAUUUGAUGACAUGGAGGGCUCUGGCGGAGGCUUCACCAAUGGACUUCCUGGUGCCAGAGGACCAGAAGGGAGACAGGGUCCUCCUGGCUUACCCGGACUUCCGGGUAAACCAGGGUUGCCUGGCUUGCCGGGUCAGAAGGGCGGUGAAGGUCUCGUAGGAAGAGACGGGCGACCAGGGUUGGAUGGCUUCCCAGGACCUCAGGGACCAAAGGGUGACAGCGGUGACAAAGGAGAGAGGGGUGAACCAGGUCGAGAUGGAACUGGACUCCCAGGUCCACCAGGCCCACCUGGACCACCAGGACAAAUCAUCUACUCCUCAUCUGGCAAUUUUGACGGCACUGUGGGCAGUGUUGGGCCUCAGGGUGGACCUGGUUUACCUGGUCAAGCUGGAUUCCCAGGUCCAAUUGGACCAAAGGGUGACAGAGGGGACCCUGGUCCUCCUGGCUAUGGAGUGAAGGGUGAGAAAGGUGAGCCAGGCUUAGUAAUCGGACCUGAUGGAAAUCUUCUGCAUCUGGAAGGGUUAACGGGUCUGAAGGGAGACAGAGGACCUUCUGGACCUGUUGGACCCCCUGGCCAGUAUGGGCCUCCUGGAUUAAAGGGUGAAAUUGGAAUGCCUGGAAGACCUGGUCGUCCUGGUGUAAAUGGUUACAAGGGAGAGAAAGGAGAGCCAGGAGUUGGUGCUGGUUACGGCUACCCAGGUGUCCCUGGCCAACCAGGACCACCUGGACCACCUGGACCUCCUGGGCCAGCCAUUCCCUUAGAUCGCUUCAAUCGCUAUGAUGAAAGUUCAAGGAAUUACCCAGUAAUUAAAGGGGAAAAAGGAGAGCGUGGUGAGAGAGGACUUCCAGGAAUCCCAGGAACAGCUUCUUUUGAUAUUUACGCAUUCAAGAAUGAACUGAAGGGAGAGAGAGGAGAAUCAGGUGUGAAGGGAGAAAAGGGAGAGCCUGGUGGUGGAUAUUAUGACCCACGUUUUGGAGGAGUGCAAGGCCCACCAGGGGCUCCUGGCAAACCAGGCCUGCCGGGUCCAAAGGGAGAUUCCAUAAUGGGACCUCCUGGACCCCAAGGACCACAGGGACCACCAGGCGUUGGUUAUGAUGGACGUCCAGGUCCUCCAGGACCACCUGGACCUCCAGGACCUCCAGGCUCACUUCCUGGAGCAUAUAGGCCUAAUCACCCUGUCAGUGUCCCUGGUCCUCCUGGUCCUCCUGGCCCACCAGGAAGUCCUGGUCUCUCCUCUGGUGUUACAGUUUUGAGGUCAUAUGAUACAAUGAUUGCUUCUGCCAGACGUCAGGCAGAGGGCAGCCUCAUCUACAUCAUAGACAGAGCAGACCUCUACUUAAGAGUACGCGAUGGACUGCGGCAAGUCAUGCUUGGAGAGUACAGGCCCUUCUUCAGAGAUCUGGAGAACGAGGUGGCAGAGGUCCAGCCUCCUCCUGUGAUCGUGUACCCCCAGUCCCAGGACCAGUCCCACAACAACGGAGCUGGCCAUUAUUCCCAGGGUGGUUCUGUCAUACGCCCCAUUGAGCCUCCACCCCAGCCACCUGUAGACCCCAGAUACCCCCCACAGUAUGAUCCCAGGUUCCCAGAUCCCAGACACACGGGUCAGACGGACGGAAGAUUAGCCACCCAGCAGACUGAGAACAGAUACCCUGUCACUCCUCAGAGACGGCCCAGCCCACCUGUUCCACAUCCCGGUGGCCAUGUGGAUGUGUCAGGAUCAGGACUGCAUCUCAUUGCCUUGAACGCCCCUCAAACUGGUAACAUGCGAGGAAUUCGUGGGGCAGACUUCCUGUGCUUCCAGCAGGCUCGUGCUGUGGGCCUGAAGGGAACCUUCAGAGCUUUCCUGUCCUCUAAGCUUCAAGACCUGUACACCAUCGUUCGCAGGUCGGACAGGGACAGCUUCCCCAUCUUGAACCUCAAGGACCAAGUGUUGUUUAGCAGCUGGGAGUCUAUCUUUGGUGACAAUGCGAGCAAAAUGAGGGAGAAUGUACCAAUCUACUCCUUUGAUGGUAGAGAUAUCCUCAGGGACAGCGCAUGGCCAGAGAAAAUGGUCUGGCAUGGAUCAAGCAACAAAGGCCACCGACAAACAGACCACUACUGUGAAACAUGGCGAGCAGGCGACCGUGCCGUGACCGGCCUGGCAUCAUCACUGCAGAGUGGCCACCUCCUGCAGCAAACCUCCAGUAGUUGCUCCGGCUCCUACAUCGUCCUCUGCAUUGAGAACGCCCUCAUAUCACACUCCAAAAAAUAAAUCCUGUCCAUCCUACUUUUUUUUUUUCCUUUCUUUUUUGUUCCUGGCCCUAGUUAAACACAGUUUUAGUGUCCAAGCAGACGUUUUGGUUUUUUUUUAAUUCCCUGAUAACAUGCCUUGUGAACAUGUGGCGUCCAGUGAACUGGCCCUGUGGCUCUUUGCCUGGCAGAGACGCUUUGCAUUGUCUGCUCCUCCCCUCCAUAAACGCCAAAGAGAUGGGUCAAACAGAGGGGUGUUGGUCCUUUUUCUUGGGGGCAUUGGCACAUAUUUUCUUCAAGGGUUGGAACAACAGUGGAGAAGCUAAAUGCGAUCUCAAAUUGUAUCCAUUUUUAAAAGAAAGUCUGUAUAUUACAUGCUUGUUGUUUGUGUUCUUUUAUUUGUUUUUGUUUUUUUUCUUUUGACGUUAUCAAUGUUUUACCUUUUGAACUGUUUUUAAAAAUGUUAUAUCCAUCCUGUUAUAUAUAUGUUUUUUAAAAUUUUAGGUAUGGAUUAUUUCCACAUUUUUUACAAUUUCAUUUUAGAAUUGUGGGUUAUGAUGGGGUCCAGCAAACUUUUAAGGACUAUUUUAAAUUUAAAGAAGAUAAUAGAUAUUUAUUUUUAAAUGAAGUUAUGUAAGGAAGAAAAAAAUGAUUAGGAAAAAUUUAAAAAAAAAUGCAAAAUACCCUCAUUUAUAUUCUACACAGCACAGAACUUAAUUCUUUUUCAAAAUUCUGAUCAGAAACUGUGCCUUAUUACACAACCAGGACUGUUUUACACAAUAAGCUCAUAUAUUUUACCACUUCUUUUGUACACAUUAUUCUAUGAAUACGUAAAUGUUACCGUGAUUUUUCCUCCUUCAGAUGCUUUUACUUCACCCCAAAUUUAAAUGACCUUGUUGGAUACAGACAAUACUGUAAUGAAUAACCCCACAUCCAGAGGGCAAGAUUCCUUCUAGAUCAAUUUGAGCCUUUUGAAUCGAAAAUGAUUAUUUUCCCUGUUUCCACUUUAUAAAAAGCAGAACACCAGUGAGUAAGCUGGAAGUGAUUAGUUUUCCACUAAUCUUUGUUGGAGUGAUUGCUGUCACAGGUGUUAGGGGACAGGAAACCCAGCAUGUUAAGGAGACAGUUUUUUUGCAGUAGCCUUGCGAUAAAUUUCAGAGACUAACCUGGCCUUAGUGCUACUGACGUCUUGACUGAACCUGCGGAUAUCCAUUUUUAUAACAAAAUGUGCUGUACUGUCUCUCCCAGGCACUGAAUUAAAGUCUUUUUCAACCACAACAAUAAUGUGAUGUACCUGUGCAUCAGCCUAUACCAUGUGGUGAAUUAUUUUAUUCACUGAACCAAAUUGAACCUUCUCAUGAUUACCUCUGAUCGGUCUGUGACCUUGAUCUGACCAGCAGUUUUAUGUCCUACUCAAAGGGACGUUGCUGUGUUGACUCCACCACAAAUCAGUUUCUCCGCUGACAGCUUCGUCAUAUAUCAUCUAUUAACCUUCAUUGUCAGUCAGUAGUUAUGACAAAUAUCUGUUUGUCAUAACUAUUGGACUGUAUUCAUAUACCAGCUCAUGGAGGUUAGUUGGUUGACCUUACACUACAGUACAACCUUGAUAGUAAUGACUGCUGUUUUGUAUGUCCAGAAGAAUUUCUACCAGACCUUUGUAGCCCACCCCUCAUCUCUGUUUGAGGCCACAUGAGCUGCAAAUAGCAUAACACACUCAAAUUUCUGAUCAAACUGUCAGCAGUCAGUUUCCAUUGUGGGCAGAUUGUGGGUGUGUUUUUUUUUU